AUGCUUAUUAGAGCUUCGACAAACGUGGGUAACUCCAUGAUUUGCUGCCUCUUGUUCCUAUUAGCAAUUCGACAAUCGGCGGCAUUUUCAUCAAAUGAUGACAUCACAGUAAUUCGCCAGCGUGUAUUAGAGAAGAUGAUCUGGCCACUGCCGAAUACGCUUCCCUCGAUUAUUCUAGAGGCAUUAUCAUUUGCUCAAACAUUGAAUAGUUCUUGCUAUUGGCCAGAUAUUGACUAUGCAGAUGCUGGUCGCGCUAAUUGGUUAACCGCCGUCCAUCUGUCAAGAGUUACGACUAUAUUACAAGCCCUAACUGCAAAUGGUACAACCGAACGAAAUAAUACGAAGUUACUCUCAGCAGCACAUUGUGCUCUCGAUACUUGGUUAGUUCGGGACUGGCAAAAUUCGAAUUGGUGGUGGAAUCGAAUUUCGGUACCCAUUUCGGUCACCAGUCAUUUAUUAAUGCUAGGUGAUGACGUUACUCAAUUUGAAUUGCAGAAAAUCAAAGAGAUUUCGUUUCGUGCAAAUUGGUGGAAUGGUGAUAUGUGGACGACUGGUUGUAAUUUAGUAUGGAUGAUUCAAGCUCAACUAUACCGGUCAUUAGCAACUCGAAAUAUAACAGGAAUUGAACAAGGUUUCACUCGAAUGUGGCAAGAUAUCAUGAUUCAACCGCUAGGUAAAGAUGGUGUUCAAAAUGAUUAUGCUUACCAUUUUCAUGGAACACAGCUACUCUCAGCAGCUUACGGUCAAGAUUGGGCUGUGAAUGUUUUUUCAUUUUUCAUAUGUAGUGUCAACACGCAAUAUGCCCCAAGUCUCGAUAAGCUCACGUUGUUUGCUCAAUUUUUAGUCAAAGGCAACGCAUGGAUGAUCAUUGAUAAUCAAUGGGAUUGGCACGUUAGAGGAAGAGCUAUUGCGAGACCAGAUAGAGGAUAUCUUGUGUUCUAUAAGCCUGAAGACAUCCGAGUUUUGGCAGAAGCGAUUCCAUCAAUGGACCUACGAACUGAUUUGAAUAAUCUUGCUGAUCGCUUAGAUCAUCAGGCCAAUGCUACGGCACUGGUUGGCAAUAAACAUUUUUAUACAUCAGAUUACCACGUUCAUCGUCGCGCAAAUUGGUCCAGUGCAAUCAAAAUGCAGUCGAUUCGAACGAAUCCCGAUGAAUGUGGAAAUGGAGAAAACUUGAAACGAGAACAUACCGGUCAAGGCAUUUUAAAUCUGUUUACAACGAACACAUACGACUAUGUGUUCAUAUUUCCACUACUUGAUUGGCAAGCCAUCAACGGCAUCACUGUUGAACAUGAUAUUCCACUCAUCAUAUGCAAUGAUGUACCAUCCUCUCUUAUCACAUUACCUUUUGUUGGCGGUGUCAGUGAUGGUCUCUAUGGUUUUGCUAUGAUGGACACAGCGACGCACAACUUAACUGCCAAAAGAUCAUGGCACUUCUAUGAUGAUGCAGUUAUUGCACUUGCAACCAAUUUAACAUUAACCACAGCAAAUGUGGCAUGGACAACUCUCGCUAGUCGAUUGCUGAAAAGUGGACAGAUCACAGUUACCUUUCUUAACUCAACAGUUGUUACUCUAUCCGAUGGAAACUAUUCUUUUCCAUACACACCAAACAAAACAUCAAAUGUUCACUGGAUUCAUGUGGGAGAAACAGAUGUUGGUUAUGUUGUACCAAGUCAAUAUCAAUAUUCAUCUGUUGGAAUCGACAUAGGCGUGAAAACUGGAAACUUUAUCACAAUUGGUGCCUAUGAUUAUGUUGUCACAGCUCGAACUCUAACCAUAUGGAUAGACCAUGGCCGAGGACCAUACACACUUGAUUAUCGUUAUAUGAUUUUGCCGAAUAUUUCACUUGCAAUGAUGCCAACAGUGAUUAAACAAUAUGAAGACCAACAAGUAUUUUCAUGUAUAUCGACAAACAGCCUAUUCCAUGGAACUGUUUGGUCUUCGCUGAAACGUGCAUCAUUUGUGCUAUGGGAUAAUGUAACAACAACAUUUUCAUGCAAAAGCCGCCUUUUUGAAAUCAAUAUCCAAUUGAACAAUGCUGGUGCCUAUUUGUUUAGUGAAACUGACAGCGACUUCACAAUUACUGCGUCUCAUCCAUUUCGAAUGAAUAGCAGUGUCAGCGUGAUAGUCGAUAGAAUUGGAUAUGGUCAAGGAUGCAUGAUUUCGUCGUCAGUGACAAAUGUGACAAUGAGUUUGCCAGCAUCAGAUCAACUACUUGGUGCUUCGGUUGGGACAAAGUGCAAUAAACACGCUGGAAUGAACACAAAUUGA